CAAAAUCCAGACUCACCGCAUUACGAUCCCCCUCCUGACCACCUCUUUGCCAACACGAUUUGAGGCAUUUCUUUUUUUUUUUUCCUUGUGAGAAAUUUCCUAUUUUGAAUUCUUGAAUUCUUUUCUCAUUGCAUUUCUUAUCCAUUACAUCUUUUCCUCUCAAUAUUGUACAUAUUCCCCUUGUCCGGUCUACAUGCGGAAUUGAUCCCUCCCCCCCCAAGUGUCUUCUUUCCUUUACCUCUCCCCCCCUCCGGCUUCGGGUCGGAAGCCCAGCUCUGACGCUCCCUAAUCUUCCCGACGCAUCUUGCAAUUCCUCUCUCCAUCAACGCCCGCCAUGUCGACGAAAAGUGCCAUUCGCAGCCAGCAGCAACACAAGGUGUUCAUGGCUAGUUCCGAUGACUACAAGAUCUGUGUGGUCAUGGUAGGCCUGCCGGCCCGCGGUAAGAGCCUCAUUGCCGGAAAGGCUAUGCGGUAUCUGGCCUGGGUUGGCAUCCCUGCCAAGGUAUUCAACGUGGGCAGCUACCGCCGCAAUGCCACUCCUCAGCCCGCGGCAACUUUCUUUGAUCCGCACAACGAGGAGGGCGAGCGCAUGCGCCGAGCCGCAGUCGAAGGAGCCAUGUCUGACAUGCUGCAGUGGUUCCACGAAGGAAAAGGCGUAGUGGCCAUCCUGGAUGCCACCAACUCCACCAAGCAGCGUCGCCAGUGGAUCUAUGAAUCCUGCCGUGAUGCCGACAUUGAGACCCUCUUCGUCGAGUCCAUCUGUGAUGAUGAGGAGUUGAUCAUGACCAACAUCCUUGAGGUCAAGACUACCUCUCCUGACUACAAGGGCCAGGACCCGGAGCUGGCUGCCCUGGACUUCCGCAACCGCAUCCGCAACUACGAGUUGGUCUACCAGACCAUCGAUGAUGAUGAGAAGGACUACACCUACGUCAAGCUCAUCAACGUGGGUUCUACCGUCAUCAUCAAUCAGAUCAAGGACUACCUGUCCAGCCGCUUGGUGUAUUACAUUCAGAACCUACACAUCAAGCCUCGUUCCAUCUGGCUGUCCCGACACGGUGAAUCUGAGUUCAACCUGACCGGCAAGAUUGGCGGUGACUCCAACAUCUCCGAGCGCGGUGAAGCCUAUGCCCGCAAGCUGCCAGAGCUCCUCCGCAAGUCCGGCGUUCCCCCAAACACCAAGAUCGUCAUCUGGACCUCCACCCUCAAACGCACCAUCCAGACCGCCCGCCACCUCAAGGCAGAAACCGGCUUCGAGAAGCUUGAGUGGAAGGCCCUCGACGAACUAGACUCGGGUGUCUGCGAUGGCCUCACCUACGAGGAAAUUGCCGAGAAGUACCCCGAGGACUUUGCCGCCCGCGAUGAAGACAAGUACAACUACCGCUACCGUGGCGGUGAGUCGUACCGCGACGUGGUCAUCCGCCUGGAGCCCAUCAUCAUGGAGCUGGAGCGCAGCGAGAACGUCAUCAUCGUCACCCACCAGGCCGUUCUGCGCUGCAUCUACGCCUACUUCAUGAACGUGCCGCAGGAGCAGUCCCCAUGGAUGGAGGUUCCCCUGCACACCCUCAUCAAGCUGACCCCGCGUGCCUACGGUACUGAGGAGCAGCGAUUCAAGGCCGAUAUCCCGGCCGUCUCGACCUGGCGUGGAAAGGGCUCCUCUGCGAAGCAUCAGGAAUUCCCCGCAGAGGGUGCGCACGGCCUGCCCGUCUCUCACUGAAAGGCGAGCUGGGUCCGAGAUAAAGCAGUCCCCUUGAAGAUAUGAGAUGAACCCCUGGACCGUUUCACCGGAUGUCGUCCCCCUUUUUUUUGUUUUUGGCUUUUUAUUCUUACCGGAUGUCACGCUGCUUUUUCUUGUUUUUACAGGUCUCUCUCUUGGGUCGAAAGAGAGGGAUGCCUGGGAGCCCCGGAUCAAAGGCACUCCUCCAUAGCAUGGGGUUUUUAUGGCGUUUUUUCUGACAUCUGGUCUGGGUCGGGUUCGGGAUUGCAUGAGGUGUCUCUUUCUUUUAAAGCUUCGAUACGUGAUGACACAGAUACCAAAUAUUAUGAAAUCUCCUAGUCA